AUGUUGGAGGGCGUUAGGGGAUAUAUGAUGGACAGAGUCUUGAUCAAGUACAGGAUGUUGGGUGAGAACGCGGAUGUAUUGGGCGAGAAUCAGGAAACAUGUGGAGAAGGAGAAGGAAUUUUCCAGGAUGUGAGACUGAAUGUUGCUGAUAGAAGGACAAUAGAAAGAGAGUUGCGUGUUGCAACGACUGGGGUGGGUGUUUACGUGGAUGAGAGAACUGGCAACCAGUAUGUACGGCUUAAUGGAGCACGUGGUAGAGCUGUUGGAGAGGGUCCAUCUCAACAACCUAGAGUUGUCCAAGCAAAUGUGGUGGAGCUGAGAGGAAGUCAGCCCCCACCAUCUCAGCCUUAG